AUGUCAAAUAAAUCAAUUCCCAAGUCAUCAUCAAUGUCAUCGAUACCAACAUCAGAUUUAUUAAUAUCAGAGCCCAUUUUCGAUAUUCCGAUCGAAAAUGAUAUUCAUUACUAUUUUAAUUUAUUGCUAAUCGGUGAUCACGAUUUGAUAGAUGUUGAUAAUAAAAUAUAUAGUAAAAAAAAUAUAUGUAUAGAUGAUAAAUUUAUUAGGGUUUCUAUAUUCAAGCAUCAUGCAGCAAACGUUAGCUGGGAAAGAUUUAAAACUAUUAGGGACCUAUAUUACAAGAAUUUACACGGAGCAAUAUUUGUAUAUGAUAUCACUAAACAAGAAUCUUUUCAAAGUAUUAUCGAUGUUUGGUAUAAACAAUAUCAAGACUAUAAAAUUUUAAAAAUUCACAAUAUAUCCGACAGUCCCUAUUACAAAUCAUUAAAUAAUUUUAAACCAUCGCUACUCCUACUGGGUAUCAAUACAGAUAAAAGAAACAGUACCAACUACAGUACUUGUGUUUCGACGGAAAAAGUUGUUGAUUUUGCAAAAUCGAUUGACGCUGAAUUUUAUGAGUUGCCAUCAGUCAAUAAAAAAAAUAUAGGUUUUGCAAUUUUCGAAUUAUUAAAGGAUAUCAAAAAAAAUUAUGAAGCUUCAGGAGCUAAAACAUUUCAAGAAAUUGAUAAAUCAAAAUGUAUAAUAAACUAA